AUGAACUCCCUCCUACAGUCCUUGUUCUACACGCCCGAGUUCCGGCUUGCCGUUUAUGGUUUCGAAUACGACCCCGAUCUCCAUGGAGAAGCCAGCAGAUGCAUCCCACUCCAGCUCCAGAAGCUGUUCGCCGAGCUUCAGAUUUCCGUUGCUGGUGCUGCAUCCACAAAGGACUUGACGACGGCAUGCGGCUUCACAGGUCGGGAUGCGAUGCAGCAACACGAUGUUCAGGAGCUUUGCCGGGUUCUUUUCGAUGCCUUGGAGAGGUCCUCGUCCCUUCUGGCCGAUGCGAUUCGCGGUUUGUAUGCGGGGCAGUCGACAUCCUACAUCAAGUGCAAAGAGGAGAUCAACGGCAAAGUCUACCAAAGUGCGCGCACUGAAAAGUACAUGGAUCUGCAGGUCAUGGAAGGAGAGAACCAAUGGCUUUGCGAGGAGCUGGGCGCAAAGGUUGAUGCCCUGAAAGGCUUGACCAUAGAGAGCUUGCCGAAGAUACUUUGUAUACAGCUGCUCCGCUUCGUCUUCGAUGUGGCGACCAUGCGGCGCAAGAAGCUUUCAGAAGUUGUCGCGCUGCCUUUGCUUCUAGACCUGGCUUUUCUUUCUGACAGCGGCAGCGGGCCUUCUUUGUACCAGUUGGCUGCAGUUUGCCUACAUAGCGGGACUGCUCAUGGAGGCCACUACCACGCCUUUGCCUGGGAUCCCAGCAGCGGUGCUUGGAGGGAUGCCAACGACACCCGCGUGCAAGUCCUCAGUGCCACGCAGUGUUCGGCACUCUUCGGAGCUGGCGACAGCUCCGAGCCGCAGGCCCCCCGGGCGCUGCACUCAGCCGAUGCCUACUUCCUCCUCUACCGGCGGGUUUCGGAGACCGAAGUGCCCAGAGUCCAGGAUUCUGCCAUCCCACAGUGCCUCCGGGAUGCCCUGCUGUCGGAAAACCAACGCCUGAGCCGACUGCAGCGAGCCUACGACCUGCACCGCAAGCUGCUGGAGGUCAAAGUCUUCCUCCCGAUGGCUGCCCAACGUGCACUGCAACGCUACGCAGCAACACAGCUAGAGGCGUUGGGCGCUGCUGCACCGGAGGCGGAGCCGGAAAUGUCUGUGACUGUGAAGACCUCGAGCCAAAGACCCGCAGCUGCCGUGCAGAGAAAGGUCUUGAAGUCCUUAGCGUCCUCAGACAUGUCCUGGUGCCGUGACCUGGACUUGGCUGCGGUCAAGUCCGCAAGGCUCCGCCUCUACGACCCGUGGCGGGGCUUGCCUGGACGUCCACUCGAGGGCAGCAGAGCGCUUGGCGACUCUCUGGGAGGAGGCUUCAACUCCACUGCGACUCUGGUUAUGGAGCUGCCCGAUACCUCGGGCUGCUUUGAGCAGUGGCAGGAGGAUCGCACGGUGACUUUCCUCGUACUCUGGGACAAGCAGCUCGGAGCGCCCAGCCUUGGGUCAGGAAGCGUGGUGGCGUUGAGGCUCCCUCCAGCUGAGGCCACAUGUGCUGCUGGCGAGGCCGACUUGGCCAAAGAGCCAACACAGGUCCCUACCAGCACGGAGACCUAUGAGCCUGAACCAGAAGAGGUGCAGCAGGAUCUCUUCGCUCUGGAAGUCCCAACAGAGCCGGCAAGGUCCCGUGGAGACCGGUCUCCCUUGCUGCGAACAGUGCGGGAAGCAGCCGCAACGCUCUGGAAUCUCCCAGCCUCGAGCCACCUGGCCUUGGUUCCACUGUCUGGGACGCAGGCCGGUAAAGAGCUGAAGGGUGAUGACCUGACUCUGCAAGGGUCCGGCUGUGAGUACGGCGACAUUAUCUGCGUGGAGCAGCUGGAGGGAUCAGGAGCCUCGCAAGCUGUGCAGCUCGUGGAGGAGAAGUGCAACACUGCGAAGAUUUAUUUCAACCAUCCAACGAGGCCGCAGUUCACCGAGGAAUUCCCGCCUAUAGCCAUCAGCAAAGAUGCCCCGAUCUUCGAGCUGAAGGCGCGCAUUGCUCAAGCUCUCCAGCUGGAUGCAUCAACACUGCACCUCUGUCGCUCGCAGCAUGCGCCGGCCAUGUUCAAGGAUGAGUCCCGCACCUUGCGGCAGGCCGGUCUUGCGGAGGCAUCCAGUAUCUUCGUGGGUGAGGGCGCGCCAUGCAGCCCGGAGGAGUGCCUUCUGAAGGUCUUGCUCUACACUUACGAUAAGGGCAACCACAAGGCUCGCGAGCUGUUCAGCAUCCCCGCCCGCGGGGACAGCUCCGUGAGGACUCUUCGGGAGGCUCUCUACGAGCCGCUGCUCCGCUGGGCGAAGGAAGAGGACCCCGAGGCGAUUGGUUUCGAUCCAGUCGCGGUGACGGGCUGGAAGAGACUGCGGCUGAGGGAUGGGCAGGCUGGCAAGCAAUUCGCCAUACUCCGGGACGAGCGAACUUUGAGGAGUUCCCUGCUGGGCUUCGGCGAUGGUCGCCAGGUAGCCGUUCAAGUCAUGGCGGAGGACGAAGAUCUGGGCCCGGAUGACCUCGUGAUCUUGGUGAGGCCCUGGCGGGUGCGGGAAGCACGCCUGCAUGCCUCCACGGAGAUUGUGGCCACGCGGAACCAGACGCUCGCCAAGUUCCAGGACAUGUUGGCUGAGCGCUUCAAAGGCUUGCUGCAGGCGGAGGAUGAGAAGGAAAACAUCGUGCCGGUGGCCUCUGGCAAGUCGACGAACGAGAUCUCCAAGGCCCGCGGGCUUCCGCAGCUCGGCGCACUGCCCUCUUGGGAUGAGAAGGAAAACAUCUUGCCCGUGGCCUGCGGCAAGUCGACAGACGAGAUCUCCAAGGACUCGCUCGAGAUCGUCGCAGCGCAUAACACUGGUCCGCCGCUCACGAGCAAGCGUUGUGAGACCUUAAAGUGGCGCGACUCGCGACUCUCUCCUGGCCUGCAGAGGGUCGACAAGCCCCUGGCAGACUUUAAGGAGGUCCGGGAUGGCGUGACGCUGGUGAUCCGCUCGCGGUUGGCCGCUCUGGCCGGCGCGGAGGUUUCCGAGCCUGAGCCUGGAUCGGGCAAAGGCGGCAAGAAAGGAGUGGCCAAGGCGUCCGCAAAGGCAGCCCUCAAAGCCAAGGGUGGUGAUUCGACAGUGACCGUCUCGAAAGGGGGAGCAGAGCGUGGGCUCGUCAUCCAGGUCGCGCACCCGGAGGCAGAGGCGGAAGAAGUCGCGCCCGUGUCUCCAAAUGCGAUCUGA